GAACUCGUCUGUUCAAUAGAAACACGUGUCACAGAACAGUAUAUCCUUCCUGCUGUCAGUUUCAAACAGACGAAACCUAUCUCUGUUCCAUAUACAUUUAUCAGAUGCAUGUCAGGAGACGGCUGAAGACUCAAACACUUGUGCUUCUUUUUAAUCAAAAAGAGGUUCGGAAAUAUAUUUAUACUAAACCCAUGAUACCAUCCCCGAGCCACAUGGUCAAAAGUGCCCUACAUAAAGCGCUCGACGUCUUCACAGCUUUAUGCUUCCUAAGACUUCAAGAGGCAGCCACACGUCCGUGCUACGAGACCAAAAAAAAUUACCGCUGCACUUAAGUCACUACUCCCUUAGUAGUUUGGGUCUGUAAGGAAGCGCCAAUGUGUCAUCAGUAAAUCUUAGACUCCAAAAAAUACAUCGAAAAGGCGCUCAGAAACUGCAACCAGGAUAGUAAUGUCUUCUACGUGAAGAUAACACUAAAGAUCUAUAUAUGUGAGCUCAGUUAAAGUGAAACAGAAACUGCAUCGAUAGCACUGUUGAGAGUAAUAUCCCAAACAUAGUUGACUGUUGAAGCCCGGCUUUUAGUAAGAGCAUCUUUAACAUUGGUUUAGUGUAUUAUAUUCAUGUAAAUACAGAUUCAGGGUUGGACACAUGCAUGUGGCACACAGACAACGCUCCCUACAAAAGAUAAAGUCAAACGGGUGAGCUCUUAAUGUCUGAUGCGCAUGCCGUCGAGCCAUUCAACUUUCUCGGAACAGAACGCCAUUGCACUGUCUGCAUUAACAACUGCCUUGGCUUGUCUUUUACGACGAUUGAUCGGACGGAUGCUGUCCUCAAAGCCGAACAGGCAGCCAUUUCCACAGGCCGUGCCCUGAUUCCUUUCUUCUCCAGCUGGAUGUCCUCGACUGUCAGCGCUGGUAUUUAUACAACAUUCAUCCAUCUCCAUCUUCAGCAACACCAAUGCUCAUUCCUCUCCAUUUGAAGGCACUCCAAACUCUUUCAAAAAAAAUCCGAAGUUUCUCUCGACAUGUUGACUUGAGCAUCGCGAAAUGAUGUUAGUGUCUCACACACAGACUUUUGAACUGCUCCAAAUGUCGAUGUCGAGCUGGGGUAGCGCUGGAUUUCUACUCGUAGCGUCUUGCAAACUCAACGUCAGACGCCACUACAGAUUUAAGAAGAUAACAGACAAUGUCCAACCUACACUCGGAAUGGAAAGCUUAUGAGCACAACGCUACCGACGACUCCAGAUACCAAGCUUACUGCUGGCUCAAUUUUGCUAUGCAAUCAAAGCACCAUUGCUUAUGAACACUUGUCUGGUCAUUAUGUAUUAAACAUCUAAUGAAACAAGUUGCUAGAAAUGCUGAAGAGUAAGUAGGAUCACUUCGUCGGUAGACUUCGGGGAGGAUCAAACUGCCCAACUUUGAAGUUCUGCGUGGCUCUUCAAUUAUGUGAUGGUACAUGAGGAGAUUUGAGCCUGAAGAAUUUCAUCGGCUUUUGGGUUAUCUGAGACAUCCACUGUUUAUUCAUGAGGAUCGAAAUAAAAAAGUUUCUCCUUCUUGAACCUCAUUCUCGAUGAUGAUUUUCGUCCUCACCUCGUAAUUAAUUCUUCUCACCUAAAAGUUUGCACAAUGUUUCGUUCAAGCUUUAGAUGACUCAUAAAAAUGGUAAAUACCUUCUUUUCACCUCUUCGAUGUUCAGUUCUCCCACAAAUGUAGUGAGACUGAGAGAAACACCAAUCAAGACCCGAGCAUCUUACAGUAUGAAAAUCUUCUGCAGAACCUCCAUUCUUUUUCUUAAUCUAUCGUUGUAUUUAUUCUUACACCGAAUUUUAAAUAAAAUGUCCUCUACUCUGUAGGCCAUCUACUUUCGACAUGAACAUGAAGCUGUUCUUGACUCUGGUAUAUGCCAUGGAUUGCAUGUACAUGCUGCUGAUCUGAUGGCUUCAAUAUGUCCAAGAUUAGAUAUAUUCUGAUAUAAGUAGGUAUCGUGUUCUGACUAUGUACAUGCACAAAGGAUGAAUAUGACUGUGAUAGCGUAGAAUACU